CAGACAGACAGACAGACAGACAGAUAUAAGACACAUAUCGGUUAUCAGAGGUUAUCAUUGUAGGCUACCAAAUGUCUGUUUGGUGUUCGAGUUCAGUUGACAGAGAAACUUAGUUAUCACAGUAUAACCUCUAUUGACAUGAUUUGUAAACAACAAUUUAUUUGAAUAUCAACACUUUACUGCAUGGUUGUGUUCGGAUUUGCGUGCUAAAUGCUGCAUGAGAUUUAUCCGUUCUUGGAGACCUAGCCGGCUUUAGAAAAACUGAUUCAUAAACGCAACUGUGGAGAUGGAAUGUAAAAGUCUACACGGGACUGUCUGUGGUUCUCUGAUACUAUUCCUCAUAAUAGUAUCUCAAGCCGAGGGUGGAAGUUUGGUUAGAACACGCCGGAAUGCAUUUCAGAUGUGUAACCUUAUAAACAUGUACACGGGUAUCUCGUGCUUAAACUACAAUCCAUACGGUUGUUUCUGUGGUUACGGUCAAAGAGGCUCUAACCCGGUCGACGAAGCUGAUAGAUGCUGCAAGAUACAUGACGACUGUUAUGGAGAUGCUCACACCAAGAACCACUGUUAUUUCUGGAGUGGUAUGUUUGUUGGCUACACAUACGACUGCAAGAACGGAUGUAGAUGUUUAGAUCAAGAAAAGUGCGCAAGAAAAGUGUGCGAAUGCGAUCUACAGCUAGCGGAUUGUUUAGGAAAAUCAUCUUUUAACGUUACGUACAAGGAAUAUGACAGAAGUCAAUGCAGAUGAAAAAUGUUAACGUUUAGCCAUUUUGAGAUUAUAACUUUACUGCUAUCUCCAUUUGUGAAAUAUACAGUGAAACUGCAAUAGUAUACACAAUUAGCUUACUGAAUUUAAUCAGAUGUCAUAUCAAACUCUUUUUAUGACAGCAUUUUAUCGCAAAUAGUUUAACGAAUAUGUGCGCAAGGUGAAUAGAAUAAUAGCAUAGCUAAAAAGCAGGAAUAUGCGCAGUCAUUGAGUGAUGCUUUGUCCGAUGACGAUAAAACGAAACCUAGGCUAUACUAAUAACCUAAGUCCCGUUGAAAAGACAUUAGAAUAGAUAAAUAUAUAGAUGUAUAGAAUAUUCUAAAAAGAGCAGCUAAUGAACAAAAUGGGCAUUAUUAAAUGGUGUUCAUGACUUGAUCAUCUUAUUACCGAGUGAAUGACCGACAAGUUGAUAACCGAACGAACAAAGUCCUAGACUUGUAUUAUCAAACCAUUAUCUAUGCGGGUACAUAAAUAGAUUAUAAUGAUAUAACUUU